AUGUCUGAGUUGAAACGUCUGUUUGCAUCGGUAGAAAACGCUGAACUAGCUUAUCGUGUUCAGAUCGAUGAGGAACACUCUUCGAUCGUCAAUCAAUUACAUGCACUCAGUGCACAUAGUCAUAUGGUUAAACAUAAAUAUUUGACAACCAUGAAGGAUACAUUUGCUGCAAAUCUCGCCCGAUAUCGCGACGAAGAUCUUCGUGUGCGCAGUGCAAAUCUAAUCAAAGAGAAAACCAUUCAAGUUAAAUGGCCGUUAAUCAACAAUGUGAAUGAAAAACAAAAUGAGAAUUUUGCAGCGUUAGAACAACUCAAAACUACCGACAACGAAAGUCAUAUUCCACCACCGUUGGUUAUCAAUAAUAAUCAAGUGCAUCUCAUCGAUAACUUUGACUUAAUUAAGCAACGGUAUUCAUCACUAGCUGAUUUCAAUCUAUCACGGGAUGGUAAACAAUUACAAAUCACGUUCAAACCACACGGUAUAUUUGUUGUAUUCGAAACCACCAUCAAUGGUCGAAAUGGCGAAGGUUGGAAGAUUAUAGACUCAAUGCCAAGUCUUCCAUCAUUUAAUCAACUGAAUACGAUGAUUCGACAGGGCAACCAACUAACAGCUGAACAUUUAUGUCUCAUACGAGCUUGUUUACUUAAACAACAAGAAAUAAUACAAUGA